UACUAGCUGACCCAGCGAACUUCGUACCGCCCUAAAAAAAUAGGGGUUGUCCAGCGGACAAAAUUGUGAAUCUAAACCAUUCUCAGAUCCCCUUGAACACACACAAAAAAUUUCAUCAAAAUCGGUCCAGUCGUUUAAGAGAAGUUCAGUGACAUACACACUCACAGAAGAAUUAUAUAUAUAAAGAUAUAACACAUUUGAGUGAAGGGGCCAACGAAAAAGCCAUGUGAUCCGCUGUGCGUGCUCCGUUUAUUCGUUAUAAUGUGACCAGUAUAUUUCCGUCUGCAAAGGAAUGAGCACGUGUAUAAUAUAAUAUUUUAACAAGACACCCAAUUUCAAUACAUUUUGUUUAAUAAAAAAAUGUUUUUUUUUUAUUUAUUUUUUUUAUCAAGGGGUAGUUUUCAAGGGUUGAAAGGGGGUUAAAAAUUUGAUAAUUAUUAUAGAGAAUAUAAAAUAUUACUUACUCUAUACUUACAUCUUUUUAUGUCAUACCAAAGUAUUUUUUUGUGAUUUUUUCAAUUUAGGGGUUGUUUGCAAGUGUUGUAAGAUUUUCAAGGAGUUGAAAAUGAUUUUAAUAUGUGGUAAUUAUGUUAGAAAAUACUUUACAAUUUCAUCACUUACUAUUAGACAUGUUUUCUAGCGAUAAAAUGGCUCAAUGUCAAUUUUUCCAUUAAGUGGUUGUUUACACCCCUUAAAAAUAAUAGGCGGAGUUCAGAUCAUUUUUACUUUUGAAGUUAAGGGUAAGAUGAGCCUAAUUCCAAAAUUUCAUGCAAAUCGGUUUACAGUAAAAAAAAUCGGAGGUAAGACCGUAUUUUUCGCUUCAAUGACUGCACUAUAUGCCGAUUAAGUUUUUCGACCGUCAUUUAUGUAUUUUUUUUGUGAAUAAUUUUGUCACGUAGGUACCUACGCUCUGGCUGGAACCAAAACCACGAACAUACUGGAAACAGAUUUACCCAGAAUGCCGCGGUUCGCGACGUGAAUGAUCUCUGAAGGCUGACUGGUGCGAUCCAUUCGAAUAUGAGCCUUAGCAGUGCGGCGUAAGGGUAAAAGUGCAAUGACAUCUACCUACUUGUUUAUGACUCAUGCGUGCUAUAUGAAUAGUGUACAGUGAGUGUAGUAUUAGUGUUUAGUAAAGAGUUGUGUGGAAAGUGGAGAACUGUCAAGCGUAAAAUGUAAUACAUAAGGCCAGGGCAGGGUGCGUAUUUACCCUAGGUCCAAAAGGGCCACAGCCCGAGGCGGCAGAAGCCCUUAAAAAGGCAUUCGUUCGUUACCUGUUCUUACCUGUUAUCGACCUUUUUUUUUGACUUUAAAAUAAGCCUCUGCAUAUUUGUUCCUAAUUAAAUACAUAGUCAGGUCAUAAGUAUUGUCACACAAGGGCGGGGGAUGGUCAAACAAGAAACUUGCUUGAUGAUCACCUACUCUCAAUAUCUGUCCGAUACUGGGUUUGGCGAACGGGUUAGUGAGUAGCUCAAGUCGCAAGGAUCCCCUAAUCAAGGCCAGAGGACUAUCCUUCACGAGGUUGCCGCCCGUCUUUGGUCAAUGUCCUCUAUGGGCGCCCCAUAGAGGGCCAUGCUCCUAAUGACCCCAGCAUACAGUUUGCGACUACUGGCGCUGGGGCCACCGACAUUCGGCAACAGCCUGCUGAGUGCCGCCGCUGCGCUAACCAACCUUGGGGUCAGUUGCCUAAAAUGCUCGUCAAAACGCCACUUUGCGUCUAGCACCAACCCCAGGUACUUCAAGGUGGACUCUAUGGGCACUCUGGCUUCGUCCACCUUGACAUAGGCACCGGCCGGUGGCUUGCCCCUGGAGCUGUAGAACAUUAUCGCCCUUGUUUUCUCGAACAGGGAUCUGUGGAACCCCGCACACCAUGCUCCUCACCUUUACUACACCGCUGGCGUCAUUGUAAAGAAGCUCUCGGUCGCGCAGGUAGUCCUCUACCACUCGCCUCAGGUACAACGGGACCCCGUGGUGGUACAGGGCUCUUGUGAUGCAGCUGAAGGGGACCGUGUUGAAAGCAUUCGCUAUAUCUAGUGAUAUAGCGAGAACACUCUCCCCCUUCCGCACUGCCUCUUCCGACAACCUCUUGAGGUCCUGCACCGCGUCCACUGUGGACCUACCCCUACGGAAGCCAUAUUGGCAGGACGCCAGAUUUGGUCCGAUCUCCUCAAGAUGCUGAACGAUACGGUCGGCAAUAAUUCUCUCCAAGAAUUUGCCGACCUCGUCCAGCAGCACGACCGGGCGAUAACCAGCGGGUUGGUCUGCAGGUCGGCCCUCUUUCCGCAGCAGACAGAGUCUUCCCUUUUUCCACGCCUUGGGGAACACACCGAUGUCAAGGCACUCAUUGAGCAGCGCCCUGAAGUGCUCACCCAGGUGUUUUAGGGCGAUCGGGAUGACUCCACGCGGUACUCCAUCCGGGCCUUUCUUUUGCCCCGCAGGCCAUCCAGAGCCGUCUCCAUCUCCGCGUCCGUGAUUGGCGGAACCGGCACGGCAACCACGUCCCUGUCCUCCGGUGGUAGCGUCAACAACGGGGACGUGGCAGGUAUUUCUCCCGGAAAGAGCUCGGACUCUAUUCGUGCCAGGAGGUGCGGGUCCAUGUCCUCCAACGGGAGGGACUCCUGACCUAUACCCUUCCUGACCCCCUUGUACGGUCUGCCCCAUGGGCCCCUGUCGAGCUCACCUAUGAACUCUUUCCAGGCCUCGUCUUUAGCCUUGGCGAUGGCCACCUUAAGAGUCUCCUUCACCUCCCUGUAGACUCGCCACAGACGUUCCUCUUCCGCUUCGUCUCUCCUCCUCGGCACCCACCGCCUCAGCUCCCCAACCGGGUCCGAGCGAGAUAGAAAAGGAAGCAGGCUUGAGCUCUGAGGACAGCGUUAGCAACGAAGAUGGCAAGGAAGAAGAAGAAGGAAGAAGGUCCUCCGCAGUCCCUCGUAGCACCAUCACUAUUAAACAGACCAAUCUCCAGCACAAGCAGAUAGCGGCGGCCACACUACGCAGGGUGCUGGAGACAAACAACAUGACCGUCGCCCUGAUUCAGGAACCCUGGAUCAGAAAUAAUAGGAUUUGCGGUCUGAACAACAUCGGUGAGACCUCACAGCUGUGACGAUCCCCACAGAUAACCAAACAGUCCUGGUACUAGCUUCAGUCUACAUGCCGAAUGAGGGGGAAAUUCCUCCGAGGGAGCUGACCGAGCUGGUACGACACUGCGAGGACCACAAAUGGGAGCUGAUUGUAGCGGCUGACUGUAAAGCACAUCACUCACUGUGGGGAAGUAAGGACACAAACAAAAGAGGUGAGUUAUUAACUAAAUACUUAUUCCAAACAAACCUUAACAUCAUGAACAUUGGGACGGAUGAUGCAAAUACAUGAUGAAAUUCUUGACUUAAACAACAUAGAAACAAACGUACAGUUCUACACCUCAGCACUUCUUAAAAGCUACGAACUGACGUGUCCUACCAUCGUACCGAAAGGCCUGGGUAAAAGUUCCUGGUGGGGGCCAGAACUUGAACUUGAACUACGUAAGGAACUCAGGACACUUUUCAAUCGAGCGAAAAAUACCAGAAACAAUGAGGACUGGGACAAAUAUAAAAAAGCACAAAAACACUACAAGAAGCGGAUCAGAUUCCGGAGUAGGGAAGGAUGGCGCGGCUUCUGUAGUAGUGUCAAUUAAACAAAUCAAGCUGCCAGACUCAAGAAAGCUCUGUCCAAGGACAACUCCAAUCUCCUUAGGUCUCUGAAAAGGGAAGACGGCACUUAUACAAAAACAGAAGAAGAAGCCAAUGCGGUGCUACUGGAAACCCACUUCCCAGGAUGCCAACUGGCGCCUGGCUUUGAGUGGUCGACUGAGCACCACAAUGCACCAACAACCCAGGAAUGGGACCUGGCAAAAACAAUAGGAACGGCGGAAAAGAUAGAAUGGGCUCUAAAAAGCUUUCAACCAUUUAAGUCAGCAGGACUAGAUGGUAUAUUCCCGGCGCUACUACAAUGGCAACUCGAUCAGGCAAUUAUAUACCUACAACCAAUCUUUAGGGAAUGUCUGGCCUUCAAGUACAUACCAAAACCAUGGAGGGAGGCAAAAGGUAGUCUUCUUACCGAAACCAGGCAAGGACGACUAUACACAAGCCAAAUCCUUCAGACCAAUAAGCCUAACCUCUUUUCUCUUGAAAACGUUGGAAAGACUGGUAGACCGACACCUUAGGGAUGGAGCACUAAGUAAGGCUCCGCUGCACCCUCAACAACAUGCCUACAGAAAAGGCAGAUCAACAGAGUCGGUACUGCAUUCAGUAGUCCACAAAAUAGAGCCGGCAAUCACAAAUAAAACCUCAAUAUUGGCAGCCUUCAUAGACAUAGAAGGUGCUUUUGACAAAACGAUGUACAACAGCAUUAACCACGCCCUUAGAAAACUCCAGUGGAUAGUGGAUAUUCAUCAUUCUGUUGUGUAUUUCAGUAAAAGAACCAAAUCAAAAACUCCAUUUUCAAGUUGCCGCAAAAACGUUUUUCUAGACAAUAUGGCGUCUUACUAGUGUGUGUAGUGACGUCACACGACUGAUAUUAAAACGUCAAACGAUACAAUGAAAUGUCACAUUAACCGGAAGUCUACUAACGUGUGACGUCAUUUUAGGGUCCGCCAAUCCCAAGCGUUUUGGGUCACGUGACAAUAAGUAAGAAAACUAUUAUCUUUUCGUGGGUUUUUAGUAAAAUUAUGAAUAUUUUUUUUGUAAAAAUAGUAAAACCCCCUGCCAAUAUUCAUUCUAAACACAGAUGCUAACAAUUGGCACUUUAUUUUUAAUACUGUCAAAUACCCUAUUACAACAAUUUUGUAUUAAAAAAAAGCGAGUGUGCUUAUGACCACACAUCUGAAGUGAAACUUCUAUAGCUCCAAUGAUCUGAAAAUCAUAAACUUAACCUGAAGAUUUGUUGUUAGAAAAAGAACAGGGAAAAAGUAAUUGGGAAAGUGAAGCACGAGCAAUUAUUUAUUGCAGAUGAAGUCGGGACCAACAGCUUAGGUGCGGGACACACAGAAAAAACAUAAGACGCAGUGCCCUUUUCAUACAAAAAGUAUAAAAAUAUCUCGUCGCAAAACAUAAUAGAAGAGACAGGGGUGACGACGACCUUUAUUCAUAUUGUAUCAAACUGACAAUCUGACAACUGCAUCUUGCGUCUUUACUGUGUGUACCGCGCCUUAUACAAAUUUUCCGAAGUAGUACAGAGCUUGGAAAAGAUGUUUGGUUACCCAAUAAUGACCAAUUACUACGAAGUUUCUUUAUUUCUACGAUUGCAGACCGGAAGAGUUAAGCACUGGGCUUUAAAGAGCUCGCCGUGCCUACAUAAAUAAAAAUAUUACCUAUAUUUCUUGUUUACUAUUAUUAACGAAAUAAAAUAUCAUCUCCAAGAUAACAGUGGUAUUGUUUAUUUUGGUUGAGUCGCAACCACCAACAGUAGAACGCAAUUACAGUCCGACGGUCAGAUUAACCAGGGACAUAACAGAAAAAUAUUAAAAGUUGGCUGUAUAGAUAAGGUAUAUUUUGUCUUAGUUUAGGAAAAAUUAUAACAAGAACUGUCAAUGUCAAUUUGACAUUUGCUUAGCUAGACAACAGUACUGACUGUUCUGCGGGCUGCGGUUAUUGAAUGCGGAUAAAAACUUUUUUAACAGAUUGCUUAAUAUCCCGUUGUUUAAAACUUAGGUAUAUAAAAUUACAUUUUAUUUCAUAUGUGACAAUGUUUUGCCGUUUAAAAUAGUUUAAGUCUUCAUAUUUGUAUAAUUGGAAGUAGAAGAAGUCAUUGCAAGUAAAGACUCACAAAAUGACAUCGCCAUCAAAAAAACGCUUAAAAAGACAGACAUGGUGCAAACGUUUGAUGUACAAAAGAUUGCCUAUAGCAAAUUGGUUAGCGGAUUAUAACUCGGAGAAAGCUAUUGCUGAUGUCAUAGCGGGUAUAACGGUUGGCCUUACAGUAAUACCACAAGCUCUAGCGUAUGCCACACUAGCAGGUUUAGAUCCUCAGUAUGGCUUAUAUUCUUCGUUCAUGGGUUGCUUCGUUUACAUCUUCUUUGGAUCCUGCAAAGACAUCACACUAGGACCAACGGCCCUCAUGGCAUUGAUGACAUAUCAGCAAAUCCAAAACAGAAACCCGGACUAUGCUGUAUUACUCUGCUUUCUCACGGGAGUAGUGCAGCUUAUAAUGGGAAUACUUCAAUUAGGUGUUUUAAUAGAUUUCAUAUCGGUUCCUGUGACAGUAGGCUUUACUUCGGCAACUUCUGUCAUCAUCGCAGUCUCCCAAAUAAAGAGUUUACUGGGUUUGCAGUUCAAAUCCGCUGGAUUUUUGGACACAUUACAAAAGGUAUUUGAAAAUAUUCCAAAUUCACGGUUGGCUGAUAGUACCCUGGGUAUUUCAUGCAUAAUUAUUCUAUUGUUAAUGCGAAAAAUCAAAGACAUAAAUCUUUCCCCACGAAGAAAAAAAUUUAAGAAAGCUCUAUGGUUAUUGUCGACGUCGAGAAACGCGCUCGUGGUCAUAUUAUGUUCAGUAACGGCUUACUUUAUGGAAACAUAUUCCAUCGGCUUGUUCAAAUUGACUGGCACUGUAAGAGAAGGUCUCCCCUCUUGGACCGCUCCUCCUUUUAGCACAUCAUACGGCGGAAGGAACGUAACUUUCCUGGAGAUGUGCUCGGAUCUUGGCUCCUCCAUAGUGCUAGUUCCCGUUAUAGGAGUAUUGGGAAAUGUAGCUAUCGCUAAAGCAUUUGCAAGUGGAGAAACGGUAGACGCAACUCAGGAGUUGAUCACUCUCUCCUUUUCUAACAUACUGGGCUCGUUUGUGACUGCGAUGCCUAUAACUGGUUCAUUCUCAAGAAGCGCCGUCAACCACGCAAGUGGAGUUGCCACGCAAAUGGGGAGUCUAUAUACAGGCGCUUUAGUCCUACUAGCGUUGAGUUUACUCACGCCGUACUUCUACUAUAUACCUAAGGCAUCGCUUGCGGCCGUCAUAAUCUCUGCUGUGAUAUUUAUGAUAGAAUAUGAGGUAGUGAAACCGAUGUGGCAUUCGAGACGCGCGGAUCUGGUGCCGGCGUUUGCUACGUUCGCUCUGUGUCUUGCGAUCGGUGUGGAGUUGGGUAUAUUGGCCGGGAUAGCCAUUAAUGUAGUGUUGCUACUAUAUCCCAGCGCACGCCCACAGUUGGAUGCAGAAAUUGUCACGAACGCAUCUGGUUUCAGCUACGUUCUAGUCACGGUGGGAAAUAGCCUCUACUUCCCCAGUGUAGAAUACAUCAGGCAGUACGUCGAACGGGCCGCGAAGAAGCAAGGCGGUUGCAGUAUGCCCGUCGUCAUCGACUGCAGAUAUGUGCUCGGGGCCGAUUUCACAGCGGCCAAAGGUCUCUGUGCUCUAUCAAGCUCUCUUUCGGCGCGAGGACAGCCCCUUGUAUUGCUAUCGCCUAGGGCCAAUGUCGCUGCAGUAUUCAGCGGGGCCAAAUCAAGCGUGCUUGUUGUACCAACAGCGGCUGAACUAGACGCUACUUUACAAAGUAUCACCGGUCAAAUUCCACUAACGAUGCUCAACUCCAAUUCGAGAAAUGUAACUCCACCGCCCAACUAUGACUCUUUACGUCAAGACGAUGACAUUUCCGAAGUAGUUGUCACCACACCAAACAACUGUACACCUUUACUCCACGCCAACGGAACGAGAAUGGGCAAAACCGAUGAGAACGAUACGUGACAUCAUAUUGUAUCGUAUAAAUAAGUUUAAAUAUAUUGCAGAAAUCAGUAUAUUUUUAAGUUAGCUUUCAUAAGUUUCGUCCAAUCCAGCAGCACAUAUAGUUUUGUUUUGCUAAGGUCAAGUUUACACUAUUUUAUUCCUCUUCACGCACAUUGUAAAUACCGUAAGUGUUAAAAGGAUAGGUAUACCUUUGUCUCUUUUUUCAUCAUCACAAAUACGUAAAGCUUCCAUAAUCUGAAAAACUUUGUUAUUUUUGUUAUAAGCAUUAUUUGAUGAAGGGAAACAUAUUGCAAUUUCGGCAACACUGUAAGUUAUAAUAUAUAUGUAUUUUUAUCUAUAAUCCUUGCCACGGGACGCUAUAAAUUAUGUAAACAAAUAUUCUAGAGUUUACAAAAUUGGGAUCCAAUAAUAAUAAAUAAGUAAUAUAAUAAUAUAUUUGUUUAAAUUCCCACAAUGAUUUGUUUUCAAUAAAGGGAUCCAAUUACAUUAUCCGGGGUUGCAAAUAUAAUUUCUGUGAAAACUUUGCAGGAACGUGAGGUUACAACGCAAAUUUUUGAACUGGUAAUGUCAAGUAAUUUAAGGUUUACGUUAAUUUCAAACUAUCCGUAAUAUCUAUUGCAUAUUUUCAGGCACACAAUUUAAUAAAUUUAUAACAAUAUUUUCUUUAUUUAUCCGUCAUAUCAUUUUAGAUAAAUCGGUUUCCUUAUAAUUUUAUGUAGGAUGGUGGCACCAAUAACCGUAAAGCAAUAAUGAUCGUAUUUUUUUCUGUAAUCAAUAAAAAUAAAGUUAGGUAACCAAUCCCUAAAUAUGGUAACACCGAGCGUCUAUAGCGUCAAUAGCUCGGUGUUACCAUAUUCAGUGAUCGGUUACCUACUCUUUAUUUUUAUUGAUCACAGAACUAAAUGUCGAUCAUUGGUUUUUGUAGGUCAUUGGGUUUGUAUCGGUAGUGGUACUAUCUAAGGUAUUAGAUAUUUGUUCGAAUAAUUGAUUAAUAAUAAAUUUACAGAUUCACAGCCGGACAGACUUGAUUUGCCGAUGAACUUUAUUCAGUCCAUUUUUAAUGAUAUUUUCAUAGUGAAUGUAAACUGUUUUGUAUUUAUUAUAGUAAAUGAAUGUGUUCUUUGUAAAUCGUAUAACCCCAAUGGAUAGACACUUUAAUUAGGCAUAUUGCAUUAUUUAAGAUUAUCUUUACAUAUAAAAAAGAGUUCAAAUAUAUGUUACUUAAUACAAGUUACUUAGUUACCAAAGAACUGUUGAUGCAAGUAAUUUUAUCAAAUCCUUAAAUGAAGUUGCUCAAUUUUCGUGUAUUAAUAGUAUUCUAGGAAUCAGCGCAGAUAAGCUAUAGGCCAGAGUAAAGGAUUUAUUGACAAUAAAAAAAUAAUCUGAUUAUCUUAUGGACGUCGCAAAUAAAUGUUAAAAAUUCGCACUAAAUAAUGUCUACUUAAAACAUCUGCGCUCCUUUCGCUGUUAUUUUUUGUGUCUGUCAACCAAUGUCUUUUUUGUUAACUUCUAAGAUUAGUUUAUUGUUGUGUUGUGUAUUAGCUAUUAAGUUCAGACGACUUAGACUCUCUUGGUACAGUUUUAUAAGGGGAAAAGCAUUUUUCAAUGAAAAGGGGAAGGUCCCCACUUCAGGUCAGCUCUAAACUCCACCUCAUUAUUAAAGUGGGUCUUCCUUCGUUUAUUAAAAAGGAGGCCAGGGGGCCAUUCGCCUAAAGGGAUUGCUUAUGAUUUCAUUUGGUUAUUUCUGACCGCCGAAGGUUUUCAAAUGCCCCGAACUCGUUUUUUUUCUUUUGUAUUGGUAACAACAACUUUAAAGACAAUGAGCGUAAGGUAUUUAAAAACCUUCGGCGGUCAGAAAUAACAAAAUGAAAUCGUAAACGAUAGCGACACCCAUAGCAAUUCCGUUAGGCGAUUGACCUGCAGGGAUUAAUUAAGGCUUUUUGUGAGACUUCAAAUCUACUAGAGGGCGCCUCUAAGCCUAAGCUCUUGUUUACUAUGACUUAUGAUCACAGCAAAAAUGUUCUUCCAAUUCUGAUGUUGUUUUUUUUUAUUUGUUGUCAAUAGAAUUUCACGUCUACAAAAAUCCUAAUCUUGAAUUUGCAGUAGACAGAAAGUUAAUAUAUUUUCCUACAGUUGUAGUUUAUUGUUAUUGUUACUAUAAAGUGUUAAUUAAUCUAAUUUAUAAUUACUUCUAGAACAUUAAAAAUCCUACUUCCUACUAAUAUUGUAAAUGUGAAAUUUUGUAUGUUUGAAUUGUUUGUUGCAAAAUAAAUACUAAGACGUAUACAUGUUUUCCUCCGGUAGGUCAAAUAAGAAUCCGAAUGCAUUCUGUAUGUUUUUUUUCUAUAAGUACGAAUAAAUUGGCACAUUUCAAUUUUUGUGUUUUUCUUCUUGCAGUUUGAAAUCGCACAGUAAGCACGCUGUGUUAUAGUAUCGCUCAAAUCUGAAUUAUUCUAGUCGACCUUUCCUAUUGUCUCCUUGUCAGGGACGAUAUUUAAAGAAACCUCUCCUUACAGCUCAGCUGCAACCUUGCCUCUAUGAGCGUUGCGAGUGUCAGCUGAAGCGACGCGUCGAUGUAUAAAUGUACUAUAAUGUUGGAAGCACGUCACAGAGCCAAGAUUACAGCGAUGGGAUUAUCGUAAAGCCCGCAGAUCGUCGCUCGCUGCGCUCAACGCUAAGUCAGAAGUUGUAGCUUGACAGUUAGGUUUCGGAUACAUCUAAGUCGGUAUCGCCUGAACUGUGCUCGGGCACAGAUUACGAAGUAGUUACUACGUAACUUGGGUGCCAUGAAACCAAUGUAUGUAUGAAUUCGAGCGGGCGUCAUCGGACGGUUGCGGUUGUAGUAGUGUAGGCUAAGGGCCGGCCCGAUCAUUCUUUUCGCCCUAAGCAAAAGCCUGGAAUGAAGCCCUUUUCCGAGUAUUUUUUUAAGGUCCGACAAAUGAUUCCGCCCCACCUGAUAUUAAGUGACACUGAGUCCAGGGACGAAGAUAGCUGGUGCAGAAGUUUUAUCUACCGCACCAGCAUCCUCACAUUGUCGGUCUAUAAGUUGCUUCUUUAUCGCUUUUAAAGGAUCCCAGGUUGUAACUAGGAGGGAGGGAACACGUCGGCGAACAAAGCAAUCCAUUUACGGAUAGUGUGAAAAAGAAGGGAGUCACCAAAUCUCUUACUUCGCGUUUUUUCACACUUUCGUUAUAGGUACUAUUUUAAUUCUCUGUAGUGAAAUUGCUCUGUAGCACCAGUGUUGUACCCUGAAGAAAAGGAAGGCGAAUGAAAUGCGACUAUGUUGCCACGAAAUCGCAGACCUGGAUUUUCUUCGAGUUCAAUACUCGACAGUCCCUGAUACCCUCCUUCGAAAAUGUUGUCCAAAGUCUAAUUUAGCCCAAUGACAAGAUUCUUCCGUGUCUCCUUUGUUUUGUUCUUUGUAAGAUAUCUGUAGGUAGAUAAUUAAUAAAAUAUUUUUUCCUGUCCAGCCGUUUCAAAUAAUUGAUAUGCAGAUCAAAAAGUCUAGGAGAUAUGACGGAACCCUGAGCCACGCCGGUAUUCACUGGAAUGAACCGCGAACUACUUCCAUGCAUAAGGACACGAAUUCUAUGCAGGAAGUCAGCUCCCCGGAAACAGAACUGAGCCGGCAGAUCGAAUGCUGGAAGCUUGACGAGGAUGUUUUUCUGCCAGACCCUGUCGAAAAUCUUUGCGAUAUCAAGGCUGAUAACCAACGAUUCACCCCGCUUGUAAAUAGCCUCACCCCAGAUGUUAAUGUACGCUAGAAGUACACCCGGCGAUCGUUUCGGUUCAAAGCCAUAUUGACGAUCAUUAAUCUGAGAGUGACCCACUAGGUAGCUGGUCAGAUUCAGUAGCCCUAGCACGAACCACUAUCGAAUUCGAAUAGUAUUUAAACUUGAACAGCAGCGGCACAAAGUACGUAACGAGAACUAAAAAUCAGUAUACAUUUGACAAUGACAUUUCGGACUCGCAAACGAUACGAAUUCGAUAUUGGUUCGUGCUAGGGGUACAAAUGGUUGUUAAGAACCAUUAUCAGGACUUUACAUAAUACUGGGGUGACUGCUAUUGGUAAUUUGUGACAAACAAAAAAUUCGACUGUUAUUUUUCUUACAAUAAAUAAGAUUCAUUCAUAAAGUAUGUAUUCCGU